CCUCGUCAGUCUCAGAUCAGCACAUGAGCGAGUAGCACGCAAAAUUGGUGUUCCUCCGUCAAUCGAGGUCGCGUGUCAAUUCAAUAUACAAAUUAUUACAAUAGCAGCAUAAAUGCAUUAUCUAAAAAAAAUUAUAAUAGCAUCGAGAAAUUUUUCGAAAAAUCCUAAUCAGUUGGGACAGAGGAAUUCCAACACACAAGGACAGGAGUACAAUUAUCGGUCAACUUAGUGUCUUAGUGGACUUGAUUGCAAGGAUAUACAGUGCAACAGUGUAAGGAUUGAUAAAGUGCAAAACCCAUAACCGGUGAACGGACUUUCCCCGAAAAAAGGGACUCGAUAGUGCCGAAAGUGAAAACCAUCUUCCGGGAGUAACACCGCGAAAACAAGAAGCACCAUCAAAGACAUCUCAAUUACAAAAUAUUUAACUGCUCUCCGAAAAUAGAGCGAAUAUUAAGAGUGAGCGAUAAUAAAGCGAAAAGAAAAGAAAAACGCAAGUGUGCAAGUGUGAAGCGAAAAGAGGAGUGAAAAAGUAAAGUAGCAACAGCAGCAGCAGCAGCAAAUCUUGUGUCUUACAACGGUUAAUAAGCUAGCUAGCGGCAAGGUCGUAUCUCGCGAAGGGGCAGCAGCAACAGAAGAAGAGAAGCCAAAGUCUAACGCGAGCAACAGCAGCAGCGCGGCAGCUCCGUAAAAUAACGCAAAAGUACAGAAGAAAGACGAAAAAUUGCCGUUCAACGAAAGAGAGCGAAAAAUAAAACUAGACCCUCCUCCAUCUCCCCAUCUGCCACCCCUCCCACUAACCGUCCGACCGAGCAGUAGUUUUGUUGGGGACUGGAAACCAUAAUAACUAUUUAAAUCAAAAUUAAAAAGUGAGUGAAUGAAUUUAGAGCGUGAACUACUGAACACAAAACAAAAAAAGUGAUCAACAAACGCACGGCGGGUUGAAGUGUGGUGUGGUGGUCCAUCCAAGUGAAGACCGGAUAUUUAUCGUUCCUGUUGCGGUGAGCCCCGCACCCAGUCGUUUAUCGCAUUAGAGCGGACGUUUCAUCCCCAGUGGUGGUGGUCAAAUGGUCGCGGUCUCGCAUUCUCCGAAAAGCUAGGAUUAUUCUGCGGUCGAGAACGCUAGCGUACGCGUUUGAUUGUGAAAUCUAUUGGUAGUAGAGACAGAGACUGUGAUUGAACAAAAGAGAAACUAUUACGAGCUGGCAAACAGCAGCAACGCAGCGCGGCAUCAUCGCAAGUGAAGUGUUCAGUCGUUGAGAUAUGAAAUAGAGACGAGGCGAAAGCACCCAGAAACAAACGGGGCACAGUGUAAUUCGUAGAAAAAUAUUUUACUAACAAUUUUGUCGGCUCAAUAAGCCACCGGAAAAAAAGUGUAUGCGCAGCUAGCGAGCUGAAAUUGGGGAUUGUAUUGAUCCGCUUUGAGCUAGAUAGUAAGCAACAGCCUCUCCGCAGCAUGACUCUGCCAAGCAACAACACCUCCAACGUCGCGGAAGAUGAUUCGGACAUGUUCGGUCCACCGUACACCUCGCCGCCCAUACGGCGCAAUCGGCCCAAAGUUCCCAUGAUCUCAGCGCAGCUACGGAUGCGCGAAGUGCGCAAACGAAUCCUGCAGCUCUGCGUCCACAAACUCGAGCGCAUCAAGGACUCGGAGCGGAAUCUGCGUCGCUCGGUUUGCAUCAACAACACCUACUCCCGGCUCACCGAUGACAUCCGACGGGAGAAGCAGCACAAAUAUCUCAUGAUGGAUCAGCUGACCAAUUCUUGCAGAUUGAACGGCAGCAACACCUCGGAUAUCGACUCUACCAAUAACAACAGUGCUAAUGUAAACAAUAGAAAUAACGAGAAUCAUAAUAAUAGCAACCACCAGCAUAAAGUGCUAGAAUCCAAGAGCAACGGUAGCAGCAAUAAAUCUGCAAUAUCGACAGAGAGCAAAGCUGCUAAAAAAUCAUCCUCGGUUGAGACUGAUUUGGAGACGCUGGACCGGGAGCUUUGUGCACUGGACGCCGCAAUGCCUCUUGUAGACCCCGAGAUCACGCAAGGUGCCGAGCAGCUGGAACAGGCAAUGGUCUCUCGCAAACGCAAGUUUUCGCAAAUGGACGACGAGGACAACGAUCGUCUAGUGCGGGAAGCCCUAUCUCAGUUCUACCUACCCAGCAAUCGACUGCUCAGCGGAAUCGAUGACUGUCCUUCUCACCUGCUAAACGGAAGCUCGGCUUCAACCACCCCAUUAUUACCAGACACCAAACGCACCAAGCUAGACCUUCUCGAUGGCAGCGGCAUCGUACAUCACCAUCACCAGCAUCAGCAUCAGCAUCAUCAUCACCACCAUCAUCAUCAUCAUCAUAAUCAUCAUCCCUUUCACUCGCUACCGGAUCUGAAUGUAGCGCUCGAACUCACAAACCAAAGCCAUCACCACCAGAAAGAUUUCGAGGUAAUUAUGGACGCACUGAGGAUAGGAGCCGCCGGAAGCUCCAUGGCCGGUUCGUCCGCGACCGGUUGCAAUAUUAUCGGCAAUAUCGACUCUUGCGGCCAGGCGGCUAUGAUGAUGAGUGGCGAGACUAGUAGCGUGUUCCACAAUCUGGUGGUGACGUCGUUAGAGACAUGAAAAUAGGCCAACGCACAUAUCCCCAAUUACGUCCACCACCACCACCACCAAUGGACCCGCUGCUGCCAUGGUUGGAUAACUGGGGAGCUGCAAUGACAACAAUAAUUUUGAUUAACACAAAAGCAGCAGCCUUCAACAAAAAACAGAAAAACAAAUGCAUUAAUCUUAACUUAUUCGUAACAAAACAAACCCGCGAUAAGCACAUAGCAUCAUUAUUUAAGUCCAAUUUGUUAGCAUUAUCGAAAUAUUUAUAUCAUUAUUUUCCUAGGCAAAAACACAAAUACCCAACAAGGACACAAGGUUGUUGUGGUCCUUUAACGAAAAAAAAAUCAACCUAGCGAAAAUUUGUACAGCAAUUAAACGCGCAUAAUGAGAUUCGCCUGCUUUGAUUGCGUUCGAGACGUCGCGGCAUUCUCGCGUCAUAUUCCCACCCUCCUCCUAAUGCAUACGCAGCAGCAGGCCAAGCAGUGAUUACAAUUACACACCGGCGGCAGACACUUGCUGCCACGACGGUGUCGCCUGCCACAAAUUGCGAAGCUUGUGUGAAGCAAGCGAGCAGAAAAACAACCAAACCAGCCCGCCAACUCCACGUUCCAAGAGCGCGCGGCGGCGGUGGCGGCAGCGCUGCUAAAUUAUAGAAACGAGGAAAAAUGUAAGUGAAAGUGUAAGAAAAACUCCCCCCGACGGAACGCGCGCGCGCUCUCGGCUUGGUUUGUUUAGCAUCGGUGUGUCCGUUUGACGGUUGCGCGUUUUCUAGACGCAGGCGGAUCGAAGAAGCCAAGGCGGCGCGAGAGAAAAGGAGAAAAGAAACUAGUUAAAACCGAUCAAACCGCACGACGGUUGAGUAAUCCAAGAGUGUGCGCUUCUUCGCACAUUUCAGAGCGAAAGAAAAAAAAAUGCAGGCGAAUGUCGCUGCUUUUGUUUCGAUAUAUUUUUUUAAACUUUGCUCGGUGUGUCUCUCAGUCGGACACUCAGUAGUCGAUGCCAAAAUUAACCAUUCAUUCAAAACUCGCUAAUUUGUAUCCAUUCUAAUAUGUCGCCCCGGAACAAAAAAAAACGAUAAUCGAUGCUUCCACUCUCUGGGAGCUUUCCUCUAUCACCAAGCAGGCGUGUUUUCCUCUUUGCUGACCUACAAACUAGGCUAAAAAUGAAAGUUUUCCUUCGCUGCACCCCUCCCUCCUUCCAAUAUCAGCGCACCAUGGCGGUGGGCAGCGCGGGUAGCGAAUUCUCAACGGGAGGAGGAAAAUUCAUAGUAAACAAAGUCUGUGAUAUUAGCCAUAAGAUGCAUAAGCUAGCGAUAAAUAGUAAAAAAAAAGAAUUAUAGCGUGUAAUGUCUGGAUUUGGAGCGGAGCAAAGCAACACAACCAGUUAGCGUGUAAGAAUGAAUAUGAUGCGAGAUUUUAGCAAAAAAAAAUCGUCACACAUAGUAAAAAUACACAAAAACCAAACUAUUCCAAUGUGUAGCGAGAAGAGAUUCGAAAUUGUACUAACACAAUUUUACCUUUCCCCAACCUCUCUCUGGUCGGAAGAUCGCUAAGUGGGUAACACCUGUUUCUGAAAUUCAAAUCAUGAAACCAAGUUAUGAAAAGACCAAGCUUGUAUGAUUAGGUUUCAAUUCUCACCAUUAUCCUAGAACGAACCUGGAACCAACCAUUGAUCCUGUCUAUAGGUGUACAUGAACCUGCGUUGGAGAUCAAACCAAUACCCUCAAAUGGUCGACAUUUAUAAAAAAAACAUCAAGCAGUCACGGGAAGGCAUUAUUAUUUAACCAAAAAAAAAAAGAGAGAAAUAUGUAGAAACAACAUUUGUCGCCAUAACAUGUCGAUGAGAGAUGCAAUGUCAAUUGCUUUAAUUUGUUUGCCAAACAAAGAAAAAGUCGCCUUUUAAAACGUAAACAACCAAGUAAGAAUUGUUUUUGUUAAAGUAAACAUUCCGCGAUAAGUGCACUAAUCAACAAACAAUUGCGUUGAGAUUGCGUAGCAAUCUCAAUUCAGUUGAAGAACAAAAAAAUAUUGUUUCUAUUCAAAUUAUUCCUUCAAAAAAUCUCUUACAUGAGCCAAAGUAAGCCAGUCAAAAUGGCACAAAAAAAAGAUCGAUUCAUUACCAUGAUAUAGCUAUCGUCAGUACUUAAAUUAACGGAUGUUUCCAACGAGACAACUUGUUCUUCAGGACCAAAACUCUCCAGAAAGGAGAAGAAAAAAAGUAUCGUUUUCAAUUUCCCAACAAUGCGUUUGGACCACAAAAUUUGUAACCGAUAGUUUAAACACGCAUGACGGAAUCAAGACAAAAGAUAUAAAAUACCCAAAGUGCUUUGUUGAAUUGUAAUUGAACCUAUUGUAAUUACUAUUUGUACGAAAGAUAAGGAAAAAAAUCAAAGUUUACAAGCCAUCGUCUCCUAUAUAGUUUUAUUGUUUUGAUUUAUUCCGUUUUUUUUUUUGUUUGUUAAAUAGCUCACAUUUUCCACUGACUCAAUUCAAAAUAUGGCCAAUCCACCGACAUGGCAGUUCUCAGGUAAUCGUCGGUAGGUUGAGUCAUAAAAAACAAUCAAAAAAGGAUGCAACAAAAUUGAAUUUUCUACGCGCAUCGAAUCCAUUUGGUUUCUAAGCAUUUUUAUAUCCUCAACGAGUGGCUCCACUUCCACACACCCCUAGAUUCUAUUUAUGUUUUGUUUCAUCAAAGAAGAAAGAUAAAAGUCUAGUAAAAUUGUUAUAUCUUUAUUUUAAAACCAAUAUUGCUCAGCCCGACAAACGCCGAGUCGGACAACGCAACCUCACUUCCUGUAAAUCGUUUUUUUUCUUUCCUCUAUUUUAGUUCAGUUGCUGCGUUUUUAUUGAGUUAAUUUAUCUUCUAUAUAAAUAGACAACGGUUAGGAAUUGUACAUGAUGAUUAAGUAUAUAACAAAGAAGAAGCAAGCGGCAUCCAUGUGUGCUACAAUCUAAAUUAAAUAUAUGCGAAAAAUUAUAAAUUAAACAACAUAUAUACACACACCUAAGGACACUUAUUGUUGUAGUAGAAUUUUAUCUUCACAAUAAAUGUACCUGGAAAAACUUAUAAAUUGA